AUGGCGAUGGCGUUCGCGACCGCCGCCUCCGCCUCGAGCCUCAGUCUCACAGCCUUCUCCCUCCCGCUGCCCCAGUCUCUGCGCCCGAGCCCUAGCCACGCCCUCCAUGGCGCGACCAGCUCGUUCCCGCGGCCACGCCGAUGCGGGUGGGGCGCCGUGGUGCGCUGCGCGAAGCGCACGGGGAAGCGGCGGUACCCGUCGGAGAAGAAGCGGUUGAACAGGCGACAACAGGAGCUGCUACGCCAGGCGGCCCCGGAGGAGGGGAGCAAGGGGCGGGAGUCCGGGUACUGGCGGCUCUCGAAGCUCGCCGUCCCCGCCCGCGACGACCCAGGCAAGGACUUCACCGGCAUCUCCCUGCCGCUACUCCAGGCCAUCGCCAAAGCCAUCAAGUUCCCGGUUCCUUCUAUGCUUCCUGAUGAGGCUUUCACUGUCAUCCGCAAGUCAUUCGACGCACGAAAGGUUUUGAAAGAACCUCAGUUCACUUACAUUGUUGAUAUGGAUGUUAAGAAGAUUCUUGAUAUAGAGCCAAGGGCAUGGGAUUUUAUUGCUCGGUUGGAGCCCAAACUUGGAGCUGUAGAAUACAUGCCUGAAGAGAAGUUAGCAGCUGAUCUGGUCAGCAUGCUCAAUGUUAAUAACAAAGGUUCCAAUAAUGUACUAGGAAUCAGGAAUACUCAUAGUGGUAUGAUUUAUCAUCAACAAAAGAAGCCGCGAGUGGCAGUUAUAGGAAGUGGACCAUCUGGCUUGUUUGCUUCCCUUGUGCUAGGUGAAUUUGGUGCAGAAGUUACCUUAUUGGAGCGUGGUCAGCCUGUUGAACAGAGAGGUCGUGACAUUGGUGCGCUAGCAGUUAGGCGAAUUCUACAAUCAGAGAGCAACUUUUGCUUUGGCGAGGGUGGUGCAGGUACAUGGAGUGAUGGGAAGCUGAUGACCAGGAUAGGAAGAAACACUGAUGGUGUUCAGGCUGUUAUGAAAACAUUUGUUCACUUUGGAGCCCCUCCAAACAUUUUAGUUGAUGGUAAACCACACUUGGGUACUGAUAAACUUGUUCCACUGCUGCGAAAUUUCAGGCAUCACUUAAGAGAGUUGGGUGUUGGCUUAAGAAUUGAGCAUCCCCAAGAACUGAUAAACAGUAUCCAAUACUCCGAACUGGCGGCUGAAGUACAGAGAGGACGUGGGCGGAUACCUGUGGCAGAUUACAAAAUAGCGAAGUCUGUUGGUGAAAGAGAUGCAGCGAAUGAAAUUGACAUAGCUGAGCCAAGUCGUAGUUGCUACUCGUUUUGCAUGUGCCCAGGUGGACAGGUUGUUCCAACCAGCACAAAUCCAUCAGAACUGUGCAUCAAUGGCAUGUCGUUCUCACGGCGUGCAUCAAAGUGGGCAAACUCAGCUCUUGUAGUCACUGUAUCAUCUCAUGAUUUCAAGCCAUUUCAAUCCCAUGGUCCUCUUGCUGGUGUUGAAUUCCAGAGAGAAUUUGAAAGAAGAGCAGCUAUGAUGGGUGGAGGGAAUUUUGUUGUUCCUGCACAGUGUGUCACCGAUUUUAUCAGCAACAGACUGUCAGUUACAACACUGCCACCAUCAAGCUACAGAUUAGGAGUUCGUCCAUCUAAUCUCCAUGAGCUAUUCCCUCCUUACAUAACUGAAGCUUUACAACAGUCAAUAAUAAUGAUUGACAGAGAGAUGCCAGGCUUUCUUUCUAGCAAGGCCCUACUUCAUGGUGUGGAGACUAGGACAAGUUCUCCCUUACAAAUUUCACGACAUGGAGAAACAUACGAAAGUACAUCACUGCGAGGAUUAUAUCCAAUUGGGGAAGGUGCUGGCUAUGCUGGGGGCAUAUUAAGUGCUGCUGUGGAUGAAGGGCAGAGCAAAGCAGUGAUGCUGUAG